AUGAUUUUGAGAUGCGAGCUGUGCGAUAAGUCGUUUACGCUUAAAACUCAUCUUACGAGACAUGUCCGUACCGAGGUGCACAAGCGUACUCUGCAAACUAAGAAAGUGCAGAACGACCCGUCUCUUCGGCUCAAAUUGAAAAUGAUGCAGGAGCACAGCCACAGCAAGGGGCGACCCUAUCCAUGUGAAUACAUGUGUGGAAAGUCGUUUGCCACAAAACACAACCUUAAAAACCACAUGUUGAUACAUUCCGGCAUACGCUCAUAUAGAUGCGAGAUAUGCGACUCGUCCUUUAAACAUUUAAGUCAUCUCAGCACCCAUCUGCGGACCGGGUUACACAAGCGUGCCUUGGAAAGGUUUGAAAUGCAGCAGCCAAUGCAGGAUGAAACGACACAUCAGCUCAAAUUGGAAAUGAAUGAGGAGAGCUUGCAUAUUCUGGAUUAAUUAAAUAUUGU